AUGCCAUUCUGAGAACUGAAACAAAACUGUAGCAGCGGUUUCUCUCUGUGGGAACCUUUCUCCCCCUUCCUCCCCGCCUCCACACCCGUCAGCUUCUUGACUCUGCUGGUACGGAGAGGGUGGCAGACUGCAGGCUUCCAGCGCACUAAAAUAGCAGCAAACAGAAGAACCUAGGAUCCUCAGGGCUUAGUUCAUCUGCUUCCUGUUGAGCCAGACAUGGAGACUUCAUGUUGAAUCUUUCUGGGAAUUCAACCCCCUUUUUGUGCCUUCCCACUCCCACCCCACAGCCUGGACUCUCCAGAUACUGUCAGUUUCUCCUGUGGCAGCUCUUGAGAGGCCAGAUCUAUUUUAACAGCCGCCUUUUUAGAUGUGCCAGCAGUAGUCUUUGGAGGGGGUGGGAAUACAUCUUGGGAAGGGGAGUGGAAGGAUGCAGCAUGAAUCUUAACCUUCCAGCUGCCUGUUCGGACGCACAUUACUGAGUGGCAAGGAAGCCUUUGGAUUUUCCUUGCGGACCUUUGGGACGCUGUGCUCCAGAGGAGCUGUCUAUGCCUAGGCACGUUCGUGGAGGUGCACUUGCUUUUCUGCUAACAGGGUUUUUUAUUGAAGGCUUGCCUCAGUUUUGCCUUGACGUCUAGGGACACUACUGCAGAUUCUCCCUCUUGGAUUUCAGGUGUGCUGGGCACACAGCUCCCUCCGUCUUGCCUCUGAGAUUCCCUGCCAGCGAGGGCCGCUGUACCACGUGAUGGACUUGGACCCAUAUGCAAGCAUGCAGGUCGGGAUGCGGGUGGUCCGCGGAAUUGACUGGAAAUGGGGCAACCAGGACAACGGUGAAGGGAAUGUUGGGACCGUGGUUGAGAUUGGCCGGCAAGGCAGCCCAACAACACCGGAUAGGACUGUGGUGGUGCAGUGGGAUCAAGGGACCAGAACCAAUUAUCGGACUGGAUUCCAAGGAGCCUAUGACCUUCUUCUGUACGAUAAUGCACAAAUAGGUGUGCGCCAUCCCAACAUCAUCUGUGAUUGUUGCAAGAAGCACGGCAUCAGAGGCAUGCGGUGGAAGUGCAAAGUGUGCUUUGAUUACGACUUGUGCACGCAGUGUUACAUGAACAACAAGCACGACACCUCACACGCCUUUGAGCGCUACGAGACUGCCCACUCGCGACCAGUCACAGUGGGUCCACGACAGAACUUGCCUCGUAUCACGUUAAAAGGCACUUUCCAGGGGGCCAAAGUUGUCCGUGGCCCAGACUGGGAGUGGGGUAAUCAGGAUGGUGGUGAAGGUAAAACCGGGAGAGUGGUGGAUAUUCGUGGCUGGGACGUGGAGACUGGCCGCAGCGUGGCCAGCGUCACGUGGUCUGAUGGCACCACAAAUGUUUACAGAGUCGGGCACAAGGGAAAGGUGGACCUGAAAUGCAUUUUGGAAGCAUCUGGCGGCUUUUACUACAAAGAGCAUCUCCCGAGACUAGGAAAACCUGCUGAGCUGCAGAGGAAAGCGAGCACAGAGAGGCACCCCUUUCAGCAUGGUGACAAAGUGAAAUGCCUGCUGGACAUUGACAUCUUACGAGAGAUGCAAGAGGGGCAUGGUGGCUGGAACCCUAAAAUGGCUGAGUUCAUUGGCCAGACAGGGACUGUGCACAGAAUCACUGACAGAGGGGAUGUCAGAGUCCAGUUCAACAGCGAAACCCGCUGGACUUUCCAUCCAGGAGCUCUGACUAAGCUCAACACCUUUUGGGUUGAUGAUGUUGUCCGUGUGAUAGAUGAUAUGGAAACAGUGAAGCGAUUCCAAGCUGGUCAUGGGGAGUGGACAGAUGAAAUGGCACCUACUCUAGGGCACAUUGGCAAGGUGAUCAAGGUGUUUGGAGAUGGAGACUUGAGAGUGUCUGUUGGAGGGCAAUCCUGGACCUUUAACCCAGCUUGUCUCACGGCCUACCAGAGAGAUGAGGAUGCAAACCUCAUGACAACAGAGAACACCAAGGAAUCCAAAAGCACUUUGAUCUCCAUUCUAGAGAAGCUGCUGUGCCAGAAGAUGGAGUUGGAUCAUCCAGGGCGCUUGGUCAUGGAGGCAGCGCAUGGCAAUGCUCUUAAAGUCCAGGACCUGGUUCAAAAGUACCCAGACAAGGUUGAUAUAAAGAAUCAGGGCAGAACCGCGCUGCAAGUAGCUGCCCACCUGGGCCGGGUGGAGGUUGUGAAGAUCUUACUGCAGGCUAAUGCCAACAUCGACCUGAAGGAUGAAGAGGGGGACGCCACUCUCCAUUAUGCAGCUUUCGGAAAUCAAGCUGAGGUUGUCCGAGUGCUUGUCAGUCACGGAGCCAAUGCAGACCUGUUGAACAAUGCCAAGUGCACAGCCUUAUAUGUCGCAGUCAACAAAGGAUUCACGGAGAUCGUGCGGAUCCUUUGUGAGCACAACUGUGACGUCAACCUCCCGGAUUCAUUUGAUGACACCCCCCUGCACUAUGCCAUCACUGCCGAUUUGAAAAGCAUCAUCGAGAUCCUCACUGAAGUACCGAACAUCGAUUUCACAGUCCAGAAUCGCCAAGGCUUCAACCUGCUGCACCAUGCUGCACUGAAGGGCAACACGCUAGCCAUAAAGAAGAUUCUGGCACGAGCCCGGCAGUUGGUUGAUGCUAAAAAGGAAGAUGGCUUUACCGCUCUGCAUCUUGCUGCCCUCAAUAACCACAUGGAAGUAGCAGAAAUUUUAAUCAGAGAGGGUCGCUGUGAUGUCAACCUCAGGAACAGCCGCAACCAGACUCCCCUGCACCUGGCAGUCACCCAGGGUCACAUGGACCUGAUGCAGCUGCUGGUACGUGAAGGCAGUGAUGUUAACGCCGAGGACGAGGACGGAGACACGGCCAUGCACAUUGUCUUGGAACGGCAGCAGCUGAUGUCAAUCAUGGCCGAGGAACAGGAAGGGGGGGAGGGACUGUCCCUCUUUUCCAAGCUCCAGGCUUCAGGCUUCCUUGGAAAUGUAGAGCUGAAUGUUGGUGCUGCGAUUGCGUGUUUCCUAGCACAGGAAGGAGCAGAUAUUAAUUACGCCAACCACAGGGGAAAGUCUCCCCUGGAUCUCAUUGCAGAUGGAAGGAUAGUCCAGAUCAUCAAGAACUUCUCCCAGAAAUUCAGGGAUGAGCAGAUUUCUUCAGACAGCUCUGUGGUGACCUGCAGCCUGCGCAGAGUGCACACCACCCCCAACACAAUGACCAACCUCAGCGUGGCCAGCAUGGCGGCCCCUUCCGAAUGCCUGGUCUGUUCUGAGCUGGCUUUGCUCAUACACUUCAUCCCAUGUCAGCACAGCAUCGUGUGUGAAGAAUGCUCCAGGAGGAUGAAGAAGUGCAUCAAAUGUCAAGUGACAAUAACCAAAAAACUCAAGCAAGACAGCACAGAGGUGGAAUGCAGCCCCAGUGCUGAGCCCACGGACCAGCGGAAGCUGAUGGAGGAGCUACAGAGCCGCUACCGCCAGAUGGAGGAGCGCAUCACCUGCCCUAUCUGCAUCGACAACCAAAUCAAACUGGUCUUCCAGUGCGGACAUGGCUCCUGCCUUGAGUGCAGCGAGGCCCUGACUGUCUGCCCCAUCUGCAGGCAGACUAUCCGGGACAGGAUUCAGAUCUUCGUCUGAGGAUGUGCUUUCACUUCCCCUUUGCUCCCUCUCCUACCUUCCUUCCUCCCUUUUUGUGUUAAUUUCAUCGAGAAUCGUGACCCAUCCCCUGUGUUUGUCUGACUCUGAAGCCAUCCUGAAAGGGGGAAAGUGAAUCACAAGAGUCACUCAUGGGGGGAAAGUUCUCCCCAUAAUGAGAGUGAGACGCCAAGCUUGUGGGGAAACAGCCCUCCUGCCCUGUGCUCCUUUCCCAGCAUGGACGGCGCCAGGCGGAAUGCCGACAGGACGCCCUCGUGGUUUGUGCUGACAACGAGAGGGGCUGUGAAACCAGCACCGGGACAGAGUGCUUUCACGUGCAGACAUUUCAAGACAUCCCGCUCCUGUCUAGUUCCCUGCAGUGUCUGAUUCGCAGCCUUACACAGCUCUGUCAGGAUAGGCUGCGGCACAGUCCUUCUCGUUCCCCGGCAGGCUGUGGUAAAGCAAUACUCUCGCACUUUACACAAGGAGGUAUCGGGCACUGCCCUUGGCCCUCCCGCAGGCUUGUCAGUUGCGGAGGUCUCUCGUUAGACAAUGUGCUCUCAGAAUCAAGCCUUUUGGGCGUGACAAGGUACUUGGAUUUGGGCAGCAGGGAGGAGUCUGGAACUGACGUGUUCCCAGAGAGAGACAGAGUGUGUGCCUUAGAGAUAAAGUAGUGAACAUUUACUGAAGAAAAUACUGUUGCAGUGUGUAUUUUUUACCUCUAAGUGACACACUUCUGCCAGCAAUCUACCUUUUUUUUGCAGCCAUAAUUCCAGAGACUCUUGAGCUUUUUACCCAUAAUGCCAAAGGCAGGUGUCAAAUAUUCCAACCGAAAUGUAAAAAAAAAUAAAAUAAAAUACGACUAAUAAGGCGGAGGAGAGGAAAUUCGUUAUUCUCUUUGGCAAAAAAUUUUAUUAAAAUAGGACAUUUAUAUUCCAUUGGACAAUAAUAGGAAUGUGUGAACAAUAGUGUAAAUCCUGGGGCCAACUUGAUUCCAACUGGAUCAUGUUUUCCAACCAGUUGAUUUGGGAAAAAGCACCAUCCAGUGAUCUCUCUCCCGUACCUAUGACUGGGUUCUAGUGGUGACACCCAGAGGAGCUCCCCUGUGUGUGUUGUGUGUUGCUUUGUUCUACGCAGUUAUGCUGCUCACUCACUCACUCACGCCCGUCACCCCAAUCGGGGUAUGGGCCACCAACCGCAGAUCUCCAGAGUCCUCUCUCCUGGGCCAUUCGCUCUAGCUGGAACCAGCUAGAGUUAUGCUGCAGACCAGUAUAAUCUUUUCGUACACCUAGAAAGCCGUGUAUAAAAUCAACCGAAACACAGGAUCUCUUUCUCAAAUUUGUUCAUUAGCAGAGACGUGGCAAAGGAUUCAAAUUAGUUUUGAAUCCUUGUGCGUGUGUAGUGGUUACAGGAAUAUGUAUUGCCUAGUAGUAACUCUAUAGUGUCCCAGGAAAUUGUCACAGUCCCCACUUGCUAUGGAUAAUAUCUCAGAAUGCUUUCUCAGUUGCGUUUAUUACAAUGUCUGAUUUUUCCCAGCCAAAGGGACAAUCCUGGGUCACGUUUAACCCCCAAACAUAGAUUAUUUUUUAAAAUAAGAUUUGACAAAACUAAGACGUAGGUUUCAAGAAUUAUAUUUUAUUCCCAGGAAAACAGAUUUUCUAAUAAACACUCCCCACUUCCUGGCUGCUGUAUUGUUCUAAGUGAAAAUGACUGUGAAUGGCCAUCUUCUACUACCCUUUCUCAUAGGAAGUGGUACCAGAGACCACCAGUGCCUUCUGAUAAUGUGAGGGCACCUGGCUUGAGCAGUGGAACUGAGCAUGCUCAGUACAAGUCAAGCAAGAAAUGUGGGUGGGGCGCGUGGCCUCCAUGUCCCACCCCCAUGCGUUGCCUCUGAGUGGUACUUGAUGCCUCAAAUAUUCCCAUUCAGUGCAAUGGGGCUGCUUAUGAAGUAAGUUGCUACUCAUCGUAAGAGUGGCAGAAUAUGGCCAAAUGGGACUCCUCUGUAAAGAAAAGUGACAUUGACAAACCUUAUUUUUAUUGUCCAGGCCUGGACAAAUGCUGAAAGCAAACAAUCCGCAUGUAACAGCAUAAAGUACGUUUAUAGUUGGAUGUUCAGAAGGGCUUCUUGUCGACCUGACUCUGCUCCCACUGAAUGCAGUGGGAGUUCUGCUGUGGAGUUCAGUGGGAAUGAUUAGCCCAGUGCUAAGAUCAUCUGAAAAGCCACCAUGGACUUUCCAAAAUUCUUUAAUAAUCUAAGGUGUGAUUAAGAUGGGCCAGAAAACUUUUUCUUUAAAAAAUAAUGAGAAUAAUCUGGUUUCUUUGAACCGGACGCUGUCCCUAUCAGGCCUGAUCCAAAGCCAAUUAACGCCAAGAGGAAUCUUUCCAUUAAUUUUAACGGACUUUGAAUCAGGCCCUAAAUCAGAAUGCUGGUCCCAAAUCGGCCUGAAGAGCUAGUAGCAAUAUAACAUCGAGUGCUGGGCUUCUCCUUUGUCAUUAAAAUAAGCUUUACAGUCCCCAAAGUACAAUACUGUCGGUGUCUGUCCAAUCUGUGACAGCUGCACUUACUGCUUUCUGCUGUAAAUUAAUGAUUUUACAGGCUGUAUUUAAAUCCAAUAUCGUAUUAAGCAUUAAAAGGACAUUUUCAGAAGUAUACCUCUGCUGCAACAACAAAUGCAUCUGAUAAAAGGAAAAACAAACCAAUGCACUGUGCUGUAUGUCAGACGUAUGUUUGUGCUGUUUUGGGGAUUGCAUAUCCUGCAACUUCUGUCUCACUCCUCUCAAAGACUUUGACACUGGACUUCGUCUGUGUACAUAGAGAAGGAUACAGCGGAUCUGACUUCUUGGUUUUUUAAAAAAUAGUUGUGCGCUAGAUGAAGGUAUCUCAGAUCACUUCUAGGCCUGUGAAAAUGGGGAACUGUUUGUAGUGAGAAUACAGUCGUCAACCUUCAAAGUGCAUAACUGCUGCAGAAAAUGUCUUUCCGCUUUGCAGCAAAUAAAAAAUUUCUUUUUCUGUUUUCCUCUUU